CCAUCUUGGCCGAAUCCUGAGAAGCAGCUUGUCCCAGUCCCUGCAGUUUGGCGCAGAACCGGAGAAGCACCGGGGGAGGAGAAGAGCGCGGCCUAAUGAGCUCAGCCUGGGCCGCCAGAUAGCCCUCCCCCGCCCCGUGUGACGUUACAUUACAGCCCCCCCGCCAGACAUGACGUCCGUCACUCAGCGCAACUCCGGCCUAGUGCAGCGCCGCACUGAGGCCUCCCGCGGCGACCGGGAGAGGGCGGCCGAGGGCCAGAACGACGAGCGGGAGGAGCAGGAGGAUGAGGACCGGGCCGGGGACAAGGAGGCCAGGCUCACCCUCAUGGAGGAGGUGCUGCUGCUCGGGCUCAAGGACAGGGAGGGCUACACAUCCUUCUGGAAUGACUGCAUAUCUGCGGGUCUGCGGGGGUGCAUGUUGAUUGAGCUGGCAUUCAGAGGGCGGAUCUCCCUGGAAGCUGGUGGACUGAGGCGCAAAAGUCUACUGUCAAGAAAGGUUAUCUGCAAAUCUGAUGCUCCAACCGGCGAUGUUAUGCUCGACGAAGCCUUAAAACACAUAAAAGAAACCCCAACCCCAGAGACCGUGCAAAGCUGGAUUGAACUUCUCAGUGGCGAGACCUGGAACCCAUUAAAGCUCCAUUUUCAGUUACGAAACGUACGUGAACGUUUGGCAAAGAACCUUGUGGAAAAAGGUGUCCUGACAACAGAGAAACAGAACUUCCUGCUCUUCGACAUGACCACGCACCCUCUCACCAACAAUAACAUCAAGCAGCGUCUCAUCAAGAAAGUGCAGGAAGCCGUUCUCGACAAGUGGGUGAAGGAUCCUCACCGCAUGGACAAGCGCUUGCUGGCCCUCAUCUACCUAGCCCAUUCCUCAGACGUCGUCGAGAACGCAUUCGCCCCGCUGCUAGACGACCAGUAUGACUUGGCCAUGAAGAGAGUGCGACAGCUCCUCGAUCUAGACCCUGAGGUGGAGGCCAUGAAACCCAACGCUAACGAAAUCCUAUGGGCCGUCGUGGCCACCUUUACGAAGUGAAACCAGUGGACGGGAUUGUUCAUUCAAAGUAAAAGCCAGUCGUUUCCGCUUGACAUUCUCAGUAAAUUUUUGCUUUUGACUCGUCUCAGAACGAUGCUGACGCGUUCCUGUUCACAGAGAACUACUUCUUGCCAUAUUGGCAUUCCAGUACCCCUUAAGUUUGUGCACUUCACAGACUGGUUUCCAGUACGUUGUGAUCCAGAAGUGCGCAGAUCAUUUCUGGUGUGGUGGUUUACAAUCCUGAAACGCGGUUCACAAAAAGGCCUUGUAGUCACCAAAGUUCAAAUGGCUCUGUCCCAUUUCUCCUCAUGUCACAUCAGUUAUUUCAGAGUUAAAAAAACAAAAACCUUUUUAACUCCCCCCCCCCUUCCCCCUUUUAAGCUGCUUCUCUCCCCUUCUGUACAUUUACUAGAUUCAGAUUUAUUUUAAUUGUUUACCAUAGAGAAGUCCCGUGGUUUUUGAAAGCCAUUUUUGGGAUGGGGGAACAUUCCAUUAAGUAGUGUAAAUAAUAAUUAAAAAAAAAUUAAAACUGGCGUCCCGUAUUUUGGAUGUCCGGCCCAGUCUCUUGCACAUUUUGGGCCCUGCGGGUUACCAUCGCAAGCAUACAGAGGAAUGAUCCACAGUCACUGUGCAUUGUUUUUCUUCAUGUUCGCACUUACUGGUAGCGUCGCUGACCUGUUACAUGGUUAUAUUUUUCCCCUUUAUGUAUGUGAUUUUUUUUAUAUUAUUUUUCUCCUUGCUAUUUUGUGACCAUUGCUUUUUUUUUUUUAUAUUUAAUUUCUUCAAUCUAACACUAUUGUGUCCUUUGAAAAAAGGCUUCCACCCCAUCACACGAUCAGUGCUGGUAAGCGUUGCAUGCGCGUGUUUGCAACUACAGAUUCUGAUUACAAGGAAUUGAAACCCUCCAACAACUUAUUUCUUUUUAUAUAUAUAUAUAUCUAUGAAUAAAUGUGUGUGUGAAAUUCUGCGGCUUAGCACAUGUAAUGUUUGAGCUCCUUGUUGCCCGUCACAUUUCUUCCAUAGUUUUGCUCUGUACAUAGAAUAUGUUGAUGCUAAUUCUCCCCCACCCGCUGCCCAUGGGAUCUGUACAUGCGGUCACCAGAGCAGCACAGUAAAUGGGGUUUUUUAUAGGCCGUGCAAUGUUAACCGAGAGCAACAAAGCCAGACGUGGGAAGUUAGGAUGAUUGUUGCCGUUAUCAGAUUCCCUCUGUAUACUAGCUUUUUAUUAUACAGUAAAUAAACGAUGAUCUUUAAAGUG